UACUGAGAUCCACGUGCUUCCCCAAUUUCCGCCUCGGUCUCGCCGCCGCAGCCUCUGCAUCCCGCCGUCCACCGUCGACCCCGCAACGCACCGGCCUCCUCCGGAUCCGUCGCGCCGCAGCUGGCUUCGGAGUGACUAGUUUGGGAUCCCCUUUCGCCGCGGCGACGCGGAUGAUGGACGCGGCCGACGUGCUCGCGGCGCUGGCGCCCUCCCGGAGCGCGGCGGUGGUGCUGGCCUCCUACCUCGCGUACCUCGCCGCCGCGGGCGCCGUCCUCCCCGGCAAGCUCGUCGCCGGCGCCGUCCUCCCCGACUCCUCCCGCCUCCACUACCGCUGCAAUGGUCUGCUCUCGCUCCUGCUGCUCUUGGGGCUCUCCUCGCUCGGCGUCUACAUGGAUUGGAUGACUCCCACGGUUGUGGCUGACCGCGGACUCGAGCUACUGUCGACGACCUUCAUUUUCAGUGUCAUUGUCACUUUCCUGCUCUAUUAUAUUGGGUUAAGGUCCCGCCAUCAAAGUUCUUCGUUGAAACCACAUACUACCGGGAGCUCCAUACAAGAUUGGUGGUUCGGAGUGCAGCUUAAUCCCCAUUUUAUGGGAGUUGACCUCAAAUUCUUUUUCAUAAGGGCUGGAAUGAUGGCAUGGUUGUUUAUCAACCUCUCUUUGUUUGCAAAGAGCUACCUAGCUGGUUCAGUUAACCGUGCAGUCAUUCUUUACCAAUUCUUUUGUGGGUGGUAUAUUAUAGAUUACUUCAUUCAUGAAGAAUUCAUGACCUCCACAUGGGACAUUAUUGCGGAAAGGUUGGGUUUCAUGCUGGUGUUUGGUGAUCUAGUUUUCAUUCCUUUUACCUUCACUAUUCAGGGUUGGUGGCUUCUGGGAAACAAAGUGGAGCUUCCACUUUUGGCUUCCGUUGCUAACUGCUUCAUUUUCCUUGUUGGUUAUCUAGUGUUCAGAGGAGCCAACAAACAAAAACAUUUGUUCAAGAAGGACCCUAAAGCUCCUAUAUGGGGUAAACCUCCCAAAGUUGUGGGGGGAAAGCUGCUUGUGUCUGGCUACUGGGGCAUUGCAAGGCACUGCAACUACCUUGGGGAUCUACUCCUGGCACUCUCAUUCAGCUUGCCUUGUGGAGCGAGCUCCGUGAUCCCGUACUUCUACCCGACGUACCUGCUCAUCCUGCUGAUAUGGAGGGAGAGAAGAGACGAGGCGAGGUGCGCGGAGAAGUACAAGGACAUCUGGGCAGAGUACUGCAAGCUCGUGCCCUGGAGGAUCCUGCCUUAUGUGUACUGAUUAGUUCAAGAAUCAGAAGGCCAUGUUGUAUUGUUAUUGUAGACUAUAAUGAUCAUGGAGAGCUAAUUGGUAAGUUCUUCAGUACAUUGUUCUUUGUCAUCCAGUUUUGAAUUGAGGCUACAUCGAGCUCUAGCGUGAUUGCAAGGAAGUGCUGUUAAUUUUCA